AUGGGUUUGCUGGGCCUGAUCCAGUUCGUCUUUCUGUCCUUUGAUUCAUUGCUGGAAGAGGAUCAUGUUGCUAAGACUGUGAACACCAGCAUAAUUGUUCUUGCUUCCCAGGCUAGGCUACACCAUCAAAUUCUUUCUGUCAGUGUUUUGUGGUUUGAUGCCAGACAGGUUAGUCUUAAAUGCUGUUUGCUCGAUCUUUUUUUAAUUCAUUCCUUCUCCUUCAUGGAGUCCUCUGUGCUUCCAGCCAUGACCUCUGAUCACUAUGUGGACAUUUACCUGCUGAGAUACUCCUCCAUGCUCACCAGUGCCAGGAUAGGCAGGAUCAGGCUGGUUCCUGGGCUGGUCCAGAUGCCUCUUCAAGCAUUCCUCCACUUCUGGAAUUAAGGUUACCAUUACUGUCUGCAUUGGGACCUGAUUGAGCUGGUGUGUAUAGACAUCAUAUUCAAUAACUGGUAUGGUUUUGCUGUAGGUGUUCUCUUUCUGACUUUUGACCUCAUCCUUAUUUUCAUGCCAUAUAUUGCUAAGGCCAUUCUCAGCAUUCACAUCCCAGAGGGAAUAUCUCAAGCUUUGAACAACUGCCUGUCCUGGAUCCUGGUUGUCUUGUCCAUGUUUCAGCAGUAUGGCCAGCAUGCUUCCCCUCUCAUUCACAUCAUGGACAAUGUUUACCUGCUGGUCCUCCCUGUGCUAAACCCCAUCAUCUAUAGCAUAAACACUAAACAGAUUGACAGGAUCUGCCUCUCAGAGGCAGCUCUGCCUGAGACAGCAGCAUCUGACUGA